GAUGACGUCUGGUUUGACCGCAGUCGUGAAACUUCUGUCUGGGCAGCUCAGCCAUUUGCGUGUCGUUCAAAAAGUCGAAGAAUGCUGCAUUUUUCCUUCAGCUCGUUCUCGUAGACCCAGGAGUUGCAGAUUUUUUUCGUCUGCCUCGGUUUUCCAGGUCUUCUGUUUUUGAUUCAAAAAGGCGAGCCGCCCGUUUCGCAGCUGACGCCAGCAGAUCGAGUUGCGCCUCGACCUCAGUUUCUGGUUGAAAUGCGCGUUUCUGCCUCUCCGAUACGAGUUGUGUUUGCAGACACGUCUCGUUCCACUUCUGAAAGUUUGCCUUCGAUUGUCACAAUGGAGAUGCUGUUCAGUUUUGACCCAAAGUCCGAGCGGAGAGACUUCAACUCGAACAGCACGUCGGCCAGGCUGCUGCUGUUAGUUUCUGUUUCUGCAGCAGUUUCUGCAGCAGUUUCUGCAGCAGUUUCUGCAGCCAUCUUUGUCGGAGUUGUCGUCGUAGCUGCACUUGCCCUGCGUCUUCUAGUGAACAUUUCGUGGGAUUUUUUACAAAGUUUGUGUUCGGUUACGUGGAGCUCUAGUCCUUGUCCAAGGUCCCGCGAGACCCCCGAGAUUUUAUUUGCUGAAAAUAUGAAGCUUAAUUCUAAGCUUAAUUCUAAGUUUAAUAUGAAGCUUAAUUUGCUUAUGACUUGGAAUCUAUUACCCAUUUAAUAAUUUACAAUUUUACCAUAGAGAAUGUUUUUCUGUAUGGUAAUUAUUUCGGCCGGGUGUUUUGAGAUUUCGGAAUAAUUUUUUGAGAUUUUCGGCAGAAUGCCGCGUUCCAUUUGUCCUCGGAAGUGGGGAUUUCCCAGUUCCCAGUAGGAUUUUUCAACUGGAACGCCCCUCGAAGUGGGAUUUCCCACUGGGAAAGUGGGAGAGUCUUCACCACCCCCGAGUUCACAUUCCGAGAUGGCUGCCCCGGUUGUAAACAGUAGAAGAGAGCUCUGUAAAAAUUCGUAGCACUUCAUUCUAGUUUUGGUCACACUUAAUCAGUCGUAUGCAAGUAUUGUUCGGCAUAUAUAUGUUGCUAUAGUGUAAUUUAAAUUUUUCAUGUGGUAUAUGAGAACUACAAUCUUGUUUACCUACUUUGUAACUGGAACGCUGAUAACUCGGCUGUGACGUCAUUCCGAGUUCCGACUUCCGAGGUAAAUGGAACGCAGCAUUCCUACCCAUAACUUUUCCGUACCCGAGUUGAGUGCGCAUGCGUGUAGCAGCAACUUCAUUUUUUUCAUGUUUAAAUCGCGUUUGGGCUGACAGAUCUGGCAACCUGUCUUCUCUUGGUCUCCGAUUCUUAUUCCUCCCUUCAACGCCCUGCCAGUUCCAUCUGAGUUCGUGUGCAGCAUGUUCAACAACAAGUACGCCGUUUCAGUGCUGCUGCUCCUCCAGCUGACGUGGUGGAUCGUUUCAGCUGCACCGAUGGUUUCAGCUGCACCGAUGGUUUCAGCUGCACCGGAGGUUUCAGCUGCACCGGCGGUUUCAGCUGCACCGGCGGUUUCAGCCAUCAGCUGCAACGUGACCCGCCUUCCCAACGGAACUAUCCGGUACCAGCUGGAUGGGCCUAGCUCCCACGGCUGCAUCACCUGCUGGGAGGACGUCAACAAAACCGUCAUCGCCCGGGGCAACCGCUCAGUGAGGACUCUGGUGGACGACUUGCAGAGAGACCACAUCGACCUGAAGGUCUGCCAGGACUACCUGCUCUACUGGAGGGACUGCCCGGAGAGAAAAGAUGAAGUGGCCUGCCAAGUGAACUGCAGCCGUCUGGAGUCUGAGGAACUUCGUCCAGCAGUCUUCUUCUGCCUGAACGAGCGUCUCUGCUUCAACGAGCUGACUGCAGGUCUCGUCAUCGGAGGUCUCGCUGUCGGGGCCGUCGGCCUGGUUCUGGUCUCCUGGCUCAUCUACAAGUACAGAAGCAGAAGACCCGGGUGUGGGGAGGCUUCCUACUCCGGACCAGAGGAUAUCAAGCUGGGGGGGGGGUCCUCAUCAUGUAAACCAGGGAUCUCCAACCCCCGGGACGCUACCGGGCCGCACAGAAAGAAAAAUUAUGUUCUGUAGCGUCCCCGACUGAUGAUGGUUGACUCUCAAACUGUAAACUUCUCAGUUAAAAGUGCUUCAAAUCCGCUACUGCUACUACCGCUGCUACUACUGCUACUACUAAAUAUUUAAUCACUUUUCCAACUGUUGCUCUGCUUACUGCCCCCUAUCGUUCACCACUGCAUUAUUAUUCAUUAAACUGGUCCGUGGUACCAGUGGCGUCAAUUCAGUCAAAGCUAAGGUAUGGCAAGCAGUGGCGGAUCGCAGGUCUCAGUACAGAGGGGGCGGAGCAUUCUCCAUGGGCCCUUAUGAUAGUCAUUUUAACGUUCAACAACAUCAUCCUACCAUCAAACUACAUUUAUUCUCACUUUUAUUGAGCCAAGCCUAUAGGACUAUGCUGCAGAAAGCAGCACACACACACACACACACACACACACACACACACACACACACACAGGCCUGACAGCUGUCAAUCACACGGCGCUGAAAACUCAGAUAGUCACGGACUGACUCACUUCCAUCUUUGAUACAGCUUAAAUACAAAAAAAAAAAACAUACCUGGUCUAAAAUUACACAAUCUAUUUAGAUAGAUAGACACAGCGGUCGAUAACAUCAUUUCGGAGCUCUAAAGAGAAUAGACUCUAGUCUAGUUGACAACAACUCAAAGCUCAUUCAAAUAGGCAGCUGGUCAAAGCUACCACAACAUUCUGAUAAAGAAAUUAUUUAUGAAGGUUACACUCACUCACCAAUGGUAGUUGACUCUUCCAUAACCCAAAAUAAUCCAGGUAACGUGGAAAACGGGGUAACAUUAAAAACUUUGUACAUGCUUAGUCCUCUUUUAAAGUUUAGCGCUCAUUUCCAUGGCAGCAAACCUGCCGAGUCGGCAAAUUGGCUGAAACCGUUAAGGCUGAUUUAUUAAUUUAUUAAUGCAAAAAGGAGAGAGAGGGAGCAGAAGAGAGAAAAAGAGUAAAAAAAAGUCAAAUAUUUCCCAGAUUUAUAAGAGGGUAGGGUGAUUUGAUAUCUUACCUUAAGAUGAACUUGCAUAAUUAAUCCAUCAGUGGCUAACAGCCUCGUUAAUAUCUUCUGCUGCUGGGGAAACAUUGGACCCAUCACUGCCUUCUUUUUUUGAAAAAAACAAUUGCGGGGUUGUCUGCUCACUUUUCAUUUUUGUAAGUUAGUAACACUGCAAAGAGCGCUAAAAACCAGAUUGAUAGCGACCACUGUCGUCAGGGACCUCACAUUUCAAGAUAUGAGGGGUAUACAAGUAUUGGGAAAGAUAAUACCUCGUGAAAUCCAUCAUGUUGUUCUGAUUUGCAUUUGUAGUUAUUUUAUACAACCAGUUUGGUUUUAAACAAAAGCAUGGCACUGAUCUAUGUAUUUUUGCACUAAAGGAAAUCUUAGAGAAAUAUAAUAGUCAUAACUCUACCAUGUUCUUGUGCUUUAUUGAUGCUUCUAAAGCAUUUGACCGUGUUAAUCAUGUGAAAUUAUUUUUGAAAUUGUCUAAAAGUGGGGUCCCUGGUUUUUUAAUUAGAAUCCUGGUCUACUGGUACUCGCAUCAGACAAUGCGAGUGAGAUGGGGGAAUGUAACAUCUGAUCCCUUCCAUGUGACCAAUGGUGUCCGCCAGGGCGGAAUCCUGUCUCCCUUUCUUUUUAAUGUGUACAUGAAUGAUUUGUCUCUGAUGUUGAAUACAUGUGGUACAGGCUGUAGAGUUGGUGACCUACUAAUUAAUCACUUUAUGUAUGCAGACGACCUGGUCAUCUUCAGCCCUUACAGUGCUGGUCUCCAACAGCCAUUGAGAACGUGCACACAGUAUGGUGCUGACUUUGACAUGAAGUACAAUGCUGGUAAGAGUAAAGUUAUGAUUAUUAGAAGCAGAGAAGACAGACAGUCAACCUUCCCUGACUUCCAUCUGUCUGGUACUGCACUCAGUGUGUGCAGCAAGAUCAAGUAUUUGGGGCAUAUUAUUGUUAAUGACUUGUCUGAUGAUAAAGAUAUGUACAGGCAGCGUCGUAAGCUCUAUGCACAAGCAAACAUGCUGUGUCGUAAGUUUAGCAUGUGCUCUGUAUCUGUAAAAAGUGCAUUGUUUAAAGCAUAUUGCACACCUUUGUACACAGCCCACCUGUGGUGCCGCUACGAACAAGGUAGUAUAAGAAAGCUCACAGUAGCUUAUAAUGACAGCAUGAGGCUACUGUUGAGAGCCCCAAGAAGCUCCAGUGCAAGCCAUAUGUUUGUUAGUGUCGGGGUACCCACCUGCUCUGCUGUUAUGCGCAAUCUGAUGCACAGAUUUAUGUGUAGGGCGUCAGAAUCAGAGAAUGAACUUAUUAAUGUGUUGGUUAAUCCUGUACGCAGUUCUGUAAGAUUUUCGUCCAGACUGUGGAACCAUUUUAGAACAUGUUUGUAUGCAAGCCUACACUGAAUAGUGGGGAAAGCUCUGUACUUUGUAUUUUAUGUUUGUUUGUUUUUUAUUCUGUCUUUGUUUUUAUUAUCUUAUUCUGCUUUUAUGGUGAUAUGGAUCCCCUUGGGUCUGAAAUAAAGAUUUAAUAAUAAUAAUAUAUGUAUUAAAUAAUAGAAUAGUCAAUUCAAAUAGACACAGAGUAAUUCCAUAAAUGUAUUUAAAAAACAAACAUGUACAUUUCCCCCUGAAGCCGAGGUGUAGCGGCUGCCGUACCUUGCCAUACCCAAUUGUCGCCCCUGCGUGGUACAGAAAAGGUCGAGGACCACUGAUGUAAACAUUUUUAUAAACUUAAUAAAAUGUGUUCUACUUUUAUUUCUAA